AUGACUGAUGCGGCGGCGGAGACCACUAUCAAGGUGGUGUGCCGUUUCAGGCCGCUAAACAGUUCGGAGUUGGCCCGGGGAGACAAGUACAUCCCGAAAUUUCAAGGGGAAGACUGUGUGGUGAUUGCGGGUAAACCAUACCACUUUGACAAGGUCUUCGGGUCCAGUACGACUCAGGUGCAGUUCUACAAUGCUGUGGCUCAGAAGAUUGUCAGAGAUGUUCUUGAGGGCUACAACGGCACUAUAUUUGCCUACGGGCAGACAUCUUCAGGCAAAACGCACACAAUGGAGGGGAAACUGCAUGAUCCUGACAUGAUGGGAAUCACCCCCAGAAUUGUUGAAGACAUUUUCAACUACAUUUAUUCCAUGGAUGAGAACCUGGAGUUUCAUAUUAAAGUUUCCUAUUUUGAAGUCUAUUUGGACAAAAUCAGGGACCUGUUGGAUGUAAAAAAGAACAACCUUUCUGUGCAUGAGGACAAAAACAGAGUGCCCUAUGUCAAGGGGUGUACCGAGCGUUUUGUGUGCAGUCCUGAUGAGGUCUUGGACGCCAUAGACGAAGGCAAAAACAACAGAAUCGUGGCUGUCACAAACAUGAACGAGCACAGUUCCAGGAGUCACAGCAUCUUCCUCAUCAACAUCAAGCAGGAGAACACUCAGACCGAACAGAAACUUACUGGCAAGCUCUACCUCGUCGACCUGGCUGGAAGUGAAAAAGUGGGUAAAACUGGAGCAGAGGGCACAGUGCUGGAUGAAGCCAAGAUGAUCAACAAGUCCCUAUCUGCACUGGGAAAUGUGAUUUCAGCUCUGGCAGAGGGCUCGACCUACGUGCCGUACAGAGACAGUAAGAUGACCAGGAUCCUGCAAGACUCCCUGGGAGGCAACUGUCGGACCACCAUGGUCAUCUGCUGCUCGCCAUCUGCUUUCAAUGACGCUGAGACCAGGUCAACACUGCUGUUUGGACAAAGGGCAAAAACCAUCAAGAAUUCAGUGUCUCUGAAUAUGGAGCUGACCGCAGAGCAGUGGAAGAGCAAAUGGGAGAAAGAAAAGGAGAAGAACAAGACGCUGAGGAACACUGUCACCUGGCUGGAGAACGAGCUCAAUCGCUGGAGGAAUGGAGAGAGUGUGCCAGUGACUGAACAGUUUGACAAGGAGAAGGCCAAAGCAGAGGUGCAGGCGCUGGAGACUGCUACGAACAAUGACAAGACACCACCCAAACCAGCCCUGACUACCGUACCCGGGGUCCAACUCACAGACGCUGAGAAAGCCAAGUAUGAGGCAGAAAUGGCCAAGCUCUACAAAGAGCUGGAUGACAAGGACGAAGAGAUCAACCAGCAAUCUCAGAUGGUGGAGAAGCUGAACGAACAGAUUUUGGACCAGGAGGAGCUCCUAGCCUCUACGCAGCAGGACCAUAACACCCUGCAGACAGAGCUGAAGCGGCUGCUGGCAGAGAAUGAAGCCUCCAAAGAAGAGGUGAAGGAGGUGUUGCAGGCCCUGGAGGAGCUGGCUGUCAACUAUGACCAGAAGAGUCAGGAGGUGGAGGACAAAGCACAGGAGUUUGAGGCCCUCAGUGAGGAGCUGAACCAGAAAUCUAACUGCUUGACCUCCAUUGACUCCGAACUGCAGAAACUCAAGGAGAUGACCAACCACCAGAAGAAGAGGGUCACCGAGAUGAUGUCAUCAUUACUCAAAGACCUUGCUGAGAUAGGCAUCGCUGUGGGAAGCAACGACAUUAAGCAACAGGAGAGCACUGGCCUCAUUGACGAGGAGUUCACCGUGGCUCGUCUCUACAUCAGCAAGAUGAAGUCAGAGGUGAAGACGAUGGUGAAGCGCAGCAAGCAGCUGGAGAGCUCCCAGGCCGAGAGCAGCCAGAAGAUGGAGGGAACUGAGAGGGAGCUGACUGCCUGCCAGCUGCGCAUCUCCCAGUAUGAAGCUAAAAUCAAGUCCCUGACAGACAACCUCCAGAAUGUGGAGCAGAAGAAAAGACACCUGGAGGAAAAUGUGGACUUUCUCAAUACAGAGAUAGUGAGAAUCAAAGCCCAAGAUAAUGUAAACGCCAUGGAGAUGGAGAAUGAGAUCCAGUCCGCCAAUGAAGUCAAGGAAGCUGUGGAGAAGCAGAUCCAGACUCACCGAGAGGCCCAUCAGAAGCAGAUCAGCAGCCUGAGAGACGAGCUGGACAGCAAGGAGAAAGUCAUCACCGAGCUGCAGGAUCAGAACCAGGAGAUCAUACUGGAGCAGGAGAGGCUGAAAGUGGAGCACGACAAGCUCAAAGCUUCGGACCAGGAGAAGAGCCGUCAGCUGCAGGAGCUCACGGUGAUGCAGGACAGGCGGGAGCAAGCCAAACAGGAUUUGAAAGGACUGGAGGAGACUGUGGCCCGGGAGCUGCAGACACUCCACAACCUCAGGAGGCUUUUUGUCCAAGACUUGUCUGCCAGACUCAAAAAGAAUGCUAAAAUGGAUUCAGAGGACUCAGACGUCACUGCAGCCCAGAAACAGAAGAUCUGCUUCCUGGAGAACAACCUGGAGCAGCUCACCAAAGUCCAUAAGCAGCUGGUACGGGACAAUGCCGACCUACAAAGUGAGAUUCCUAAAAUGGAGAAGCGCCUGAGGGCCACUGCUGAGCGGGUGAAAGCCCUGGAGGGCGCUCUGAAGGAGGCCAAAGAGAGCGCGGUACGGGAGCGCAAACGCCACCAAGAAGAGGUGGAACGCAUUAGAGAAGCCUCCAAGCCCAAGAACAUGGGCAGGAGAGCCUCAAUAGCCAAGCCCAUCAGGCCAGGCCAGCUGCUGGGUGCCUCCCCCUUGAUAUCCGGCAGGUCCAACCUCAUUAACAACCAGUCAGGCAUCUCGGAAUGA